AUGGCCUUCUUCGUCGCUCCCACCAAGAACCUCUCCAACACGUGGGCGCAGUACAUGGGCCUCCUCAACAGCGGCAACAACGGCAACACCAGCAACCACAUGUUUGCCGUCGAGCUCGACACAACCCAGAAUGAGGAGUUCCAGGACAUGGACAACAACCACGUCGGCAUCGACAUCAACAGCCUUGACUCCUUGCAGGCCUACCACACUGGGUACUACGACGACGGGAGGGGAUCCUUCAACAACAUGACCCUUAUCAGCGGCAAGGCGAUGCAGGUAUGGGCUGACUACGAUGGCGUGUCCACGCAGAUCAACGUCUUCUUGGCUCCUCUCGGAUUCGCUAAGCCGGUGAGGCCACUGCUUUCAUCUCCCUACAACCUCUCCACAGUUCUGAGAGAACCAUCCUACAUCGGCUUCGCAGCCACAACCGGCGCAAUCAGCACGAUCCACUGUGUUCUCGGCUGGAGCUUCGCCAUGAAUGGCCCUGCUCCUGCCAUUGACACAUCCAAGCUCCCAAAGCUACCACGUCUUGGUCCAGAGCCGCGCUCCAAGGUCCUGGAGAUCACCCUGCCUAUUGCCACGGCAACAUUCGUCCUCGUCAUGGGAACUGUCAUCAUUCUGUUUCUUCGCAAGAGAUUCAGGUACAGGGAGCUACGGGAAGAUUGGGAGGUCGAUUUCAGGCCGCACCGGUUCUCCUUCAAGGACCUGUACCAUGCAACGGAAGGGUUCAAGGAAAAGAACCUGCUUGGUGUGGGUGGGUUCGGCAAGGUGUACAAAGGGACGCUCCCAAAGUCCAAACUGAAAGUAGCGGUGAAGAGGGUGUCGCACGAGUCAAGGCAAGGGAUGAAGGAGUUCAUCGCGGAGGUUGUCAGCAUCGGCCAGCUCAGACACCGCAACCUUGUGCCCCUGCUUGGCUAUUGCCGAAGAAAAGGUGAACUUCUUUUGGUUUAUGACUACAUGUCAAAUCGAAGCCUCAAUCAGUAUCUAUACUCUGAAGAUGGCAAGCCAUCAGUGAAUUGGGAGGAGAGUGAAAUGAAUGCAAGACUAGGUGACUUUGGUCUCUCAAGGUUGUACGAUCAUGGCACUGAUCUGCAAACCACACAUAUGGUUGGGACCAUGGGAUACCUGGCGCCUGAGUUCGUACGCACGGGCAAGGCAUCCGCUCUUACGGAUGUGUUUGCAUUCGGUAUAUUUCUCCUUGAGGUCACUUCUGGGCAGAGGCCUAUCAAGCAGAACCCAUUUGGCAACAAACACACAUUGGUCGACUGGGUUAUAGAGCGCUGGCACAACGGAUCGCUCAUGAACACCGUGGAUCCGAGACUGCAGGGCCACUACGACAUUGAUGAUGCAUCUUUGGUACUGAAGCUAGGACUUCUGUGCUUGAACCCUUUUACUAGCGCAAGGCCCACAAUGCGGCAAGUCAUGCAGUACCUCGAAGGUGAUACACCACUCCCAGAGCUAACACCAGCACACUUCAGCUUCACUAUGCAGGCCUUGACGCAAAACAGAGGAUUGGAAUCACCAAACUUGCAAUAUCCUCAGUUAUCGACGAGUUUUGCCACUUUUUCCGACCUUUCAGGAGGAAGAUAA